CUGAGCGGAGCAGCUUCGGAUCGUCAGAGCGGCGCUCAGUGAGUAAACCGCCGCUGGAGGGGCAGGAGGAUCGCUCUCUGUCGGAUACCUACCAUCUGUGUACUUCAACCCACUCGGGAGAUGCAAUCCGUGUUUUAAAUCGCGUGGAAACUCCUCACCAAAUCCAAGAUGACGGUUGAUUUUGAAGACUGCAUCAAGGAUUCUCCCCGAUUCAGGGCAAAUAUUGAUGAAGUGGAGACAGAAGUUGUGGAGAUCGAAGCAAAACUAGAUAAGCUGGUGAAGCUAUGCAGCGGGAUGAUCGAGGCUGGGAAGGCGUACAUCAGUGCCAACAAGCUGUUUGUCAACGGCAUCCGGGAUCUGUCUCAGCAGUGCAAAAAGGAUGAGAUGAUCUCGGAGUGCCUGGAAAAGUGUGGGGAAAGCCUGCAAGAGAUCAUAAACUACCACAUGAUACUGUUUGAUCAAGCCCAGCGUUCUGUGAAGCAGCAGCUGCACAACUUUGUGAAAGAGGAUGUUCGGAAAUUCAAGGAGACCAAGAAGCACUUCGACCGGGUGCGGGAGGAUAUGGAAAUAGCGCAGGUGAAGAACGCUCAGGCGCCCAGGAACAAGCCGCACGAGGUUGAAGAAGCCACCAGCGCGCUCAGCAUCACCCGAAAGUGCUUCCGACACCUUGCUCUGGACUACGUCCUGCAGAUUAACGUUCUUCAGGCAAAGAAGAAGUUUGAGAUCUUAGAUGCGAUGCUGUCCUUCAUGAAUGCCCAGUUCUCGUUGUUCCAGCAGGGCUACAACCUCCUUGAUGAGCUCGACCCGUACAUGAAGAAACUUGCUGCUGAGCUCGAUCAGCUGGUCAUUGAUUCUGCCAUGGAAAAGAGGGAAAUGGAACAUAAACAUGCAACUAUUCAGCAAAGGGUGAGUUACUGUUUCAUCCUGUUUUCCUCUUGAAUAUUUGAAUAAGUCUGUGUUGAAAAUAAUAAAUUGCCUUAAGUUAAUUGUCCUUAUCAGAUGCCCACAGAAUUUUAUGCUAUGCUGAUGAUGGUAGCCUGUUUGUACCCAGUAUUUUAGUCUUUGCAUGUCUUCUGUAUGUUGUGAUGUUUCUGCCACAAGUUUGUAUCUUUAAAAAGAUGGACAGGUUGCUGCUGAGCUCCUCCUUUUGAGUUUCAGUUGUGACUUGUUCCUUAGCAUCUGUUGUGACCGAGAAGGGAUUAGACCUGUGCAGCUGGGAGGUGUUUAAUUAAUCUGCCAAACAAAGUACGCCGCAUUGAUUUAAGCUUCAAAUCAGGUGGAACUAAGUGUUUUAGGACGUUUUAAUCCUACUGUUGUCGUCUGUAGAUGGUUGGCAACUGUCAGCACAUAUGUGUGCCGAUCCAUAAGCCAGAGCUUCAAAGCACUUUUAGUCUUGUAAGCUACUGACUGCAGAGUUUAUUUGUAUUUUGGUUAAGGUGACCCUAUAAUAGCACUGGCAAACCCAGACUGGGUUGAAUUAGAAAUGACAGUAACUUGGUGGUAAUUACAAAUUGUUGAAAUUUUCUUGGACCAUUUCUUCUAUUUGAGUAUGAUUUAGGAAGAUAAUUAGUUUUCAGUACUGGUGUUGCUGUGGAUGUUUUCUUUUAAGUGCCAAUUAGUAGCCACCAGAAUAAUAGGGACACAGAGUUACAUCUUGCCAAUUGGCGCAGCAUUUAUGAUAUUGUCAGAUCUCAGGAAGACAUUGUCAGACAUCAGACUAAGCAGCCUCCAAUAUCAGACUGAAGACCUACUACAGACUUUGAACUCCAUCAGUCCAUACCCCAUCAGACCGAACUCCAUCAAGCCAAACCAUCUUAAACAGAACCCUGUCAGGCCAAACCUUAUCAGUUCAAACUGCCUCAAACCAAACCCCAUCAGACCAAACUACCUGA